CUACCUUGCAGGUACCCUAGUAAAUAAUAGAUACUGCGUUUUUCCGCUUGUCAUAAAAAUUCCCAAAAGGUCAAACAGAGUUGCCUGUGGAAAAGGCUAGUGUUACCAAUUGUUUUGCAGUAUAAAGAGCUGCGUGACGGACGUUAGCUAUCCUUCUCGUGAAACAUUGUUAAAACGAAAGAAAAUUUGCUCUUUGCAACACCUGUGGCAUUAUAGCAACAACUAUAUUUUACAUCGACGGGAAAAUGAAGAUAAAUUUGUUUAUUUCCCUGCUCUUUAAUCUGGUAUAUGUAGCAAGAGGAAAUCACAAGCCAAACAUUUUGUUCAUAUUUGCUGAUGACUAUGGCUUCAACGAUGUUGGCUACCAUGGUUCCGAAAUAAAAACACCAGUCUUGGACAAACUAGCAAAUGAAGGUGUUAUCCUCGAGAAAUAUUAUGUCCAACCAAUAUGUACUCCAACAAGAUCAACAAUGCUUACUGGUAGAUAUCAAAUUCAUACAGGUUUACAACAUGGCAGUAUACACCCUGCGCAACCGAAUUCCUUACCUCUUGACGAAACUACAAUCGCAGACAAAUUAAGUGAAAGCGGUUACAAAACUCACAUAGUUGGGAAAUGGCACAAUGGAUAUUAUAAAAAGGAGUGCAUGCCAACCUACAGAGGAUUUGACUCAUAUUUUGGAUAUCUCAACGGACGUGAGGAUUAUUAUACACACGUGAGAAGCGGUGGUUACCCAGAGUUAUUACCGUUUAGUUCAUGGAGCGGCUAUGAUCUGCGCAGAAAUGAAACUGUAAGCACAAAAGAAAAAGGAGAGUAUUCGACAUUUCUAUUUGCAAAAGAAGCUCAGAAAGUUAUCACGAAUCAUGAUUCCAGUUCCCCAUUGUUUUUAUAUCUAGCAUUUCAAGCAGUACAUGCGCCCUUGCAAGUACCCGAACAAUAUAUCCAGCAGUAUGAGGGAGUGAUAAAAGAUAAGAAUAGACGUACUUAUGCCGGUAUGGUGUCUGCUAUGGACGAAGCCAUAGGAAAUGUAACUAAAACACUCCAAGAAAAAGGACUAUGGAAUAACACUGUGUUGAUAUUUAGCACUGAUAAUGGUGGUCAGGUGUAUAAAGGGGGAAAUAACUGGCCAUUGAGGGGUGGGAAAGGAACAUUGUGGGAAGGUGGUGUACGUGGUGUAGGAUUUGUGAACAGUCCUUUGUUAACAAAGCCAAGAAGAGUUUCGCAUGAAAUGAUCCAUGUUUCUGAUUGGUUCCCGACUCUUGUGAAGUUAGCUGGUGGUGAUUUGAAUGGUACAAAACCUUUAGAUGGUUUUAAUGUUUGGGAAACAAUAAACACAGGUGAACCAUCUCCUAGAAUUGAACUAUUGCACAACAUCGAUCCAGUAAAGACACCAUGGUAUAGUGAAUGGUGGAGUCAUGGUUAUCAAUGGUGUCCACAGGCUGCAUUACGUGUUGGGGACUGGAAACUACUCACAGGAUGUCCAGGAGAUUCACGUUGGAUUCCACCUCCGAACUCAAGUCUCAACUUGAAUGAAGAAAAUUAUUUGAACAAUGACACCAAAAAGUUGUUUUUGUUUAAUAUUGCCCAGGAUCCUGAAGAACGACAUGAACUAUCUUCUCAAUAUCCAGAGAAAGUGAAGGAAUUAUUGUUGAGACUUGCAGAAUACAAUAGUACUGCAGUGCCAGUACGAUACCCUCACCCUGAUCUUGCUGCUAAUCCCGCGCUGCAUCAUGGGGUAUGGUCACCAUGGGUCACCUCAGAACAUACAGACAUUACUGCAUAGUGCAAUAAAUGCAUGGUUGCAAUAAAUAAAGUUGAUCUAAGAUCGUUUUGAACUUGCUUUUUAGACGCGAAUUUACAGAUUUAAAUAAUAUUGCAAUUAUGAACACUAACACUCAUUAAUAAAUCAUAAGCUUAUUGGCAAAUCAUGUCAACCAUAAUAUGUCACGCGCAAUGGCUUUAAACCUGAUAAAACACUCCUAAUUAGUUUCUUUAUAUAAAGAAUACUAAUAAGGCAGUAUCUGUUGUAGUCAUGUCCUCAUUAGUAUUCUUUAUAUAAAGAAUACUAGUAAGGCAGUGUAUCUAUUGAAUUUGUAGUCGUGUUUGAAGCCGUUUAAUAAACGAGCAGGUCGUGUUUUAUUAGGUCUAAAGCCAUGCACUCGCGCCGCGCGCUUGUGGCUUUAAACCUAAUAAAACACUCAGUACUUAAAUGGUUCCUUGAGUAGUUGAGAUACAACAACGUCAUGUGAAUAGUGCUAUCAUUAUAGGAAAACGGUUGAAAUGAAUAAAAUAGUAAUAGCAAUUUAUUUAAUGUCUAUUAUACUGGAUGUGGUUGCUCAGUUCACCCGAGGCUCAUGAUAAACGUACUCGACAACGAAGGUCUAAGGACGCUUUUCAUUAACUCGGUCAGACAGGUCAAAUUGUUGAAUGGAACACAAAAGGGUUUUUUGACGAGAAAACAAAACGGGAGGACCCAGAGAGAAAACUCCUCGAAGGAAGAGGGAGCAACCUAAACUAUACGUACAUAUACGUUUUCAAGCACACCCGCAACCUAUUGUAGCAGGGGUAAAGGGUAUGACCCAUUUUGUUCUAAUUAAAUAAAAAUUAAAUUACGUUCAAGUGGCCACUAAAAUUGUGAAGUUUUUUGUAUCUUUUCUGAAAACGUGAAAAUAGAUAAAACUGAAAUAUCUUAAGAUUGUAGUGUGAUGCUUGCAUCAAGGAAGUUAAAUGAAAGCGAUCAUUUGGAGCUCUAUAUCGAAGUAAAUUUGACGUCUAAUUGACGUCGUGUACGUUUU